AUGUGGGUGAACCCUUCGCGUGACACAAACUACAAGGUAUGCAUGUGUGUAUACUACGCCGAAAGGCCUGUGAACCGGCGCCAUAUGUUGUUGUAUUUGGAGGUAGACAUGUGAUCUUGGUUGAUCAUGGUUAUUUGGCGCCGUCGGGUGCUAGGACGUGACGUCAUGCUAGAUAAGGGCUUUAUGCCGAGACAUGUGCCCUUCUGUUCAGUGUGUGCGUGCAGGCGAUCAAUGAUCGUGUGUGCGUGGGAUAUUGUGAGUUGGCUUGGAAAACGUUAGU